GACGGCGGCGUUCCGCCAGGGAGCAGGCCCGGCUGAGAGCCCGCCUGGUCGAGGAGGACACCGAGCGGUGGCAGAAGGAGCCCGGGUUCGCGGGGCUGGAGCGAGUGGGCGGUGUGGACUUGUCCUACAUCAAAGGGGACGACAGCAGCGCCUGCGCUUCCCUGGUGGUGCUCAGCUACCCGGCCCUGGAGGUGCUGUACGAGGAGUGCCGGAUGGUGGCUGUCAGCGCCCCGUACGUGGCGGGGUUCUUAGCCUUCCGAGAGGUCCCUUUCCUGGUGGAAGCUGUUCAGAGACUUCAGCCGGAGGAGCCCAGGCUCAAACCUCAGGUCCUUUUUGUAGAUGGGAAUGGCCUGCUCCAUCCCAGAGGAUUUGGUGUGGCCUGUCACCUCGGAGUCCUGACGGAUCUGCCAUGCAUUGGAGUGGCCAAGAACCUCCUGCAGGUGGAUGGCUUGGUCAGGGAUGAGCUGCACAGAGAGCAGAUUCGUUCCUUGCAGAGGGAAGGAGAUAUGUUCCCACUGACAGGUGCUUCGGGGAGAGUCCUGGGCAUGGUCCUGCGUAGCUACAACAACAGCUCUAAGCCGCUUUAUAUCUCCGUGGGUCACAGAGUGUGCCUGGAGACAGCCGUGGCUCUCGUCAAGUCCUGCUGCAGGUACCGGAUCCCGGAGCCCAUCCGUCAGGCUGAUAUUAGAUCGAGGGAGUACAUUCGGAAGCAGCUGUGCUCACCGCUGGAGGUCAUAUCUUCUGGGCCAGAGAG